GCAUCCAUCCCUCACAGUUCACCCCACAAAUCACAAGUUUCAGUUCAACAUUGCAGAUUGAUUUUAACAAAAAUGCUGCCUACUAACCAAUGUGCAUUCUUCAUAGCUAUCACCAUACUCCUCCUCUGUCUCACUAGAACAAAUGGCAGUGGUUAUCAGCUGAUCGUAGUAAACAACUGCAACGAGAGCAUAUGGCCCGGAAUCCAGGCCGGUGCAGGGCAGCGGACGCUCAAUGAGGGUGGCUUCCUCCUCAGCAGCGGGGGAGAGGUGGCCAUCGAUGUCCCUGAGAAGUGGUCGGGUCGGCUAUGGGGAAGGCAGCUCUGCAAUUUCGACUCCAAUGGGAAGGGCUCGUGCGCCACGGGCGACUGCGCCGGACAACUCCACUGCCAAGGGCUUGGCGGAUCACCCCCGGCCACGGUGGUGGAGAUGACAUUAGGCUCAUCCACCUCGCCACUCCACUUCUACGAUGUGAGCCUGGUGGACGGCUUCAACCUGCCCGUCUCGAUGAAGCCCGUCGGGGGAGGGGUGGGGUGCGGAGUGGCGUCGUGCGAGGUCGAUCUGAACGUGUGCUGCCCCUCGGCUCUGGAGGUUAGAGUGGGAGGGCAGGUUGUGGGGUGCAAGAGUGCUUGCUUAGCUAUGCAAUCACCAAAAUACUGCUGCACAGGGCAGUAUGCAGAUCCCAAAACUUGCAAACCUACAGUUUUUGCAAAUUUGUUCAAGGCCAUUUGUCCCAAGGCGUAUAGCUAUGCCUUUGAUGAUUCUUCAAGCCUCAACAAAUGCAUAGCAAAGAGAUAUGUUAUCACUUUCUGCCCUCCACAAUGAGAGUGGCCUCGCCCUAAACAAUCUCGUUUAGUUACGAGAUUUUCCUUCUGUCUAACUAGCUACUCUAGCAUUAGGCAAGGAGCUGUUGUAGAGGCUUAAAAAUUCAAUAGCGUUUCCUAUGCAACAAUUCUAGCAUGUCGAUUAUUUAUAUUCAAUUUCAAGCUCAUAUCUAAUGACA